CAUGCUAAUCAUGAAUAUUACCCCUAAUCUUUGUGGGGAAACGGAUGAAGAGAUGACGCAGUACAUCUGCGUUGCAGAGGAAGAGAGCGACGAACCCCUGGAAGUUCCUUGCGAGGAAGAUGGUUGUCUAACAAUAUCGACUCUCGUCGCUCAAUUUCCAGGAGCUUGUGGCCUGCGUUAUCGAAAUCCGGAAACGGGUGCUUAUCGUGGUGUGAGAGUUGUUGAUGGUAAAUUACAUCCUCCAGAUGGAUCCUGGGGCUCGCAAUUGUAUUUAGCCGUCUUUCCUAAAACGAACAAGAGAAAAGGAAAUGAUGAUCAUGAUGAUGAGGUCGACCAUCCAACAGCAAAGACGAAAAAAGUAGAGAAGCAGAAAUGCAGCGAUCUCAUCGUACUGGGUCUACCGUGGAAAAGUACGGAAGAAGAUUUGCGCAACUAUUUCCAACAGAUGGGCGACGUACUUAUGGUUCAGGUUAAACAAGAUCCGAAGACAAAGCAAUCGAAGGGUUUUGGAUUUGUUCGAUUUGCGGACUACGAGGUACAAAAGAAAGUUUUAGGUCAGCGGCAUUUGAUUGAUGGACGGUGGUGUGAUGUUAGGAUUCCGAAUUCGAAGAAUUUUCAAGAUCAACAAGUUCCAUACGGACACGGCCCACCUAUGCAUGCUGAAUGGGCAGGAGGACAUAAUAAUAGUACUCCUCCCAAUUGGCAUGGAGACUCUCAAAUGCAACGUAAGGUUUUUAUAGGGCGUUGCACUGAGGAUAUGACAGUGGAUGACUUAAGGACCUAUUUUACUAAAUAUGGAGAAGUUGUAGAUGUCUUUAUACCUAAGCCAUUUAGAGCCUUUGCUUUUGUGACGUUUAGUGAUGCUGAAACUGCACAGGCUUUGUGCGGUGAAGACCAUAUUAUUAAAGGAGCUAGCGUACAUGUUUCAACAGCUGCUCCAAAGUCCUACGAUAAAGUAAAUAAAAUGCAACCGCCUCCUGGCGCAGCUAUGGGGGGUGCAUGGAAUAAUGCCGGACAGUGGGGUCCUGGAGGUAGAGCUCCAUCAAAUCAAGGGGCUGGAAUUAACCAGAACAUAGGAAUGCUCAAUAACCCACUUGGCAUGCUGGCUAAUCCGGCUAUGAUGGCUGCACUGAGUCAAGCAAAUUGGGGUUUAUUAGGUAUGGCUAAUCAAGGAGGAGGCGGUGCAAAUCAGGCAGGUCCGGGAGGUGACAGUGGAAAUCAACAAUCUUCUUUUGGAGCUCCACCUAUGACAGGUAGUAAUGGUCAAGGUUUCGGAGCUGGUGGUGGGCAUAGCCAAGGUUGGAAUGGUAAUGAGGCUCCUUCGUCUCCAUCUCAAGGUGGUUGGGGACCCCCUCAUAAGGGCUGGAACUGA